AUGUUUUCUCUAACUUCACUGUCUGUGUUAAGAUGGGAAUAUGGGAAGAUUGCUUACUUGGGAACAACGCAUAACCGUAGAGAUAGGUGUAGCAAAGGGGGUCCCAGUUCUUGCAUACUGCAUACUGGUAUCGUGCCGGGUGUUUAUGACAACAACUUGAAGAUAACAGACGUUUUGCUUGACAGUAACCUCGCUGCAAAAAUCAGUAGCUAUAACCUUCCUUUACUUGUGGAAGGUCUUGGAAAGGUGGGUCAAGUAGUAUCAAGAACUGGACCCAAAGACACUAUAAGGCUUGCCACUGUUGUUUCUGGUGCAGCUUCAGGGAAGCUCGUGCAAUACGAACUUGGAGGGCCUAGAGUCUGUGUCCAAACUGCAUAUGGCGUGGAGGUUGAGGUACAAUAUGAUUAUGAGAAUUCCAGAGUCAUACACAUGCCUGUAAGAAAUUGUAUGAAUCUCUUAAUAACUUUGUAGGUGGAAAAUAGUCCAUAUGAUCCAGAACAGAUGGUGUUCAUGGAUUACAGAGAUUAUACAAACCAGAAAGUCUGGAGCUUAGAAGCUGAGUAUCCAAUGUUUCUCUAUGCCAUGCCUAUGCCAAAGACAAGAGUCUUCUUUGAGGAGACAUGUCUUGCUUCAAAGAUGUCAUACCCUUUUGAUUUGCUUAAAAAGAGGCUCAUGUUAAGAUUAGAAACACUCGGAAUCCGAAUACUAAAAACUUACGAAGAGUGAGAAGAGACGGAAGAUAACAGUAAGAGGUGUUUCUCUGAUUGAUUUUGCUGCAAGAAGUUUCCAAGAACAAGAAGACAUCGCAGUAGUUUUAACCUUGACAUGUUUAAUCUAGAACUAAAGUCUCAAACUUGUAUUAUACAAUAUUUCCUGCAGUCAAUCAAUUUGGUUUUGUAUGUCAUUAAAAUGUUGAUUCAAGUUGACGUUUUCCUAUUGAAGAACAUGAAAUGUUUCAAGAUAUGUGGGUCUAAUGGUAUGCUCGAUAUUAACAAAC